AUGCCAAUCAAAGAGUUUGCUGUCCUUCUCCUCAUACUUUCCACAAGUUUUUGUGCCUAUCCCGGCGUUCCAAGCAAGAUAGCUGAGCUGAUAUACAAUUGGGCUCCGUUGGUAAAACUCGCUGAGAAAGAGGAGUUUCGGCCAUCUAGUGUUGACUACUUCUUGAGACAAACUAAGAUGGAAGGGUGCAGUAGCCAACCAAAGCCCACGCGCUUAACAGUCUACAACCUCCAGAGAUGCAAUGGAAACAGUUACCUCACCACCAAACAGAGUAUUAGCUGCCCUUCCUGCACUGACCCGACUGUGUUUCGUGGUCAAGACCCGAGUAACGUGCCAGUGUACGUCAUCUAUCGAGAGCAAAACAAUUUCUUGGAUAUCGCGUACUGGUUGUUCUUUCCGUACAAUCGCGGGAAGCGGGCCUGCAUUGGGCGCUUUGUGUGGGGUCGUUGCGUUGGAGGAUAUUCAACAUUUGGGCACCACGUUGGAGACUGGGAGAAAGUGAUAGUUCGUUUUCGAAAAGUCAACACCGACUACCAGAUCUACUCCAUCUAUCUGUCGACCCACAGCCAAAAAAUUACGAAGAAGUAUGUUGGUGAGUUCCUCUGGCAAGGUGGUAAGUUCAAGAAGGGGAGUAGAACGCUGGAUAUGUAUAAGGGUACUCAUGUAAUAGUCUACAGUGCCAAGGGUUCACACGGAAUCUGGCCGAAUUCUGGAAAACACAAGUACAAGAAAAUUCCAGUUACAGGGCAGUGGCUGCAGGAUGAGUGCAGUAGUGGUACAAGCUGGCACACGUGGAAUAAAUUGAAGCCCGUUCGGUACGAUCCUAAUGGCAAAUACGGCGGCGAAAUUAAGUUCAUGGGGUUCCAAGGCCAUUGGGGAAACAAAAAGAGAGGAUGCGGCCGAGGGGGCAUCAUUGAAAAGAUCCUAAAGACAUGUAUGCUUGACGACGGUCCACGAGGUCCUUCCCGCUUCCCUCAGUUUGGAUAA